AUGGCAUCACCGAGUUUUCCCCGUGUUCGAGCAUGUCUCUUCGACAUGGACGGCCUCCUCCUCGACACAGAGGAUAAAUACACCCUCGUCACAAACACAAUCCUACAGGAAUAUGGCAAGCCCUUGCUCCCUUGGAACAUCAAGGCACAAUUACAGGGCCGGCCGCAGCCGGAGGCAAGCCGGAUCUUCCACGACUGGGCCAAACUCCCCAUAACCCCCGAAGAAUACCUCAAAAAGCAAGCGACCCUCCAAGCCAAGCUCUUCCCCGAAUCCGCGCCCCUCCCCGGCGUCGAGACCCUUCUCGCCAGACUAGCAUCAACAAAGAACUCGGAUAACCCGGUGCACCUCGCCCUCGCGACGUCCUCGCAUAGCAAGAACUACCAGAUGAAGACGGAGCAUCUGCAGGAGUUGUUUGAUGUUUUCCCGGCGUCGCAGAAGGUAUUGGGCGAUGAUACGCGGAUCGGGAAGGGACGGGGUAAACCGCUUCCGGAUAUUUAUCUGCUUGCGCUGGAGACGAUCAAUACGGGGUUGAGGGUGAAGGGUGAGGAGGAGGUGAAGCCUGAGGAGUGUCUUGUUUUCGAGGAUGCGGUGCCGGGUGUUGAGGCUGGGCGGAGAGCUGGGAUGAGGGUUAUUUGGUGUCCACAUCCGGGUCUGCUGGAGGCGUAUAAGGGCCGCGAAGAGGAGGUGUUGGCUGGGUUGACGGGGGAGCAUAAAGAGGAAGAGAAGACGGAGACGGAGAAGGAGGCGGACGUGUUGAAGAAGGGGCGGUUGGGGGAUUCUGGGCAGGUCGGGACAAUUGGGGAUGGAUGGGCUGAGUUGGUGAGGAGCUUGGUGGACUUUGAUUAUGGGAAAUACGGGAUUCAGCCCGUUGAGUAA